AGGGUUGACCAGCCUGGCACGUGAACCCAGAGAAUUUCAGCCAACACUAGUCAGCACCAGCACUACUAGUACCACUAGUGCUUGCUCCUGUCAUUACGAUGUCGUCGGCGGCGGCCGUCAAUGGUGGGCAAAACCCUCCAAAUGCCCAACCUCAAGAUGCGCAACGGCCAUCUUUGUGGUCAAUGGUGCAGAGAAUGUUAUUGAUUUGGAUAGCAUCUCAAAUUGUAACCAAAUACGUGUUGAAACCGUUGCUUCCUGAACCCCAGGCAGCGCCGGGUUCCUCAGGACCCGCACCUUCUGCUCAAGGUGUUGGUGGUCCUUCUGCAACAACCGUGAAAGAGAACGCCGUGGCACAGCCCAUAUGGUCACCAGGAACUAACUUUACGCUUGAUCUUUACGUUUCUACCUCUUCAACUCCUUCCGAUCUCUUCGCGAAAACCAAGAAAAAUGAUGGUAACAUUCUGGCUCACAUUACUUGGGAGAAUAUAAACUGGGGAAACUGGAGUGUCGACGAGGUUUGGACUGGGGAUUUACGCAUACCCACUUCUGUAAGGCUAAGCUACAACGAUACACCAAUUUGGGCGUACAUUUUUCUCACCAUGAGCGGGUCGAGCCCUGACCCUUAUAACGCCAUGUUUUUUCCACCGCACGUCCAUAUGGUUCGCCGCGUGUUAACUAAAUACAUGAAGCCGCGAAAGGUAGUCAAGGAGAGAAAUCUCCUGAGCUCGGAACAAGAAUCUGUUGAAAAGCCUGAGCCGGAACCGGAGGCAAAACUUGUACCGUAUUGGUAUCGGAAUCUCACUUUGGCACUGGUUUCAGACGCCGGGCCAAUCCCAAUCAACCAACUCCCCCCUCCUAUGGCAGAACACGUCAUGUUCACUAAACAAAACCCGAAGAACCCCAACGAAAUAUCCGAGACGCCUUAUUACUAUCCUAUCGUUUUCCACAAUACAUUCUGGCACCUUCAGUCUUCGUACGAACCUCUCACUCCCAACAACGAGACGCUUCCAUUGCGUAUCACGCUCUCCGCCCUGUCGUACUUUAAAUUCCAACUCUACGCUGUUAUGAGCGCGUCCUUUGAGCAGGCGCAACGACAGGGGGCGGAAGGUGGAGGUGCCGGUGCCAGCGCUGGUGCGGCGGAGCUGGAUGAGUUGAAGAGAAUGUUGCUUGAGACGAACCCAAUCUUGCUGGUGACUACAUUUGUUGUCAGUGUGUUACAUGUGGUAUUUGAGAUGCUUGCAUUUACUGCCGAUGUUGGUCAUUGGCGCAAGAAAGAAGAGCUUACUGGAGUAUCGGUUCGCACUAUCUUCACAAAUGUUUUCAUCCAGAUCGUCAUUCUCCUGUACCUUCUCGACAAUAACGAGGAAACAUCCUGGAUGAUUCUAUUUGGACAAGGCACUGGGGCGCUUAUUGAGGCCUGGAAGAUCACGAAGGUUCUGGACAUUAAGAUUGUGAGGGCGGCGCCUGGCAAUAGAUUCCCUUACGCCCUGAAAAUCACAGACAAACACGUAUUAUCGGACGAUGAAAAGAAGACUCAGGAAUACGACCGACUUGCGUACCGCUAUGUCUCCUACGUUGCAGUGCCUCUCCUCCUGGGGUAUACCAUCUACACCCUUAUGUACCAGACUCACAGAGGGUGGUACUCGUUUGUUAUCAGUACACUUACAUCAUUUGUCUACACAUUUGGCUUCGCUCAACUUAUCCCUCAACUUAUCAUUAACUAUAAGCUCAAGAGCGUAGCUCAUUUACCUGCCAAGGCUUUCGUGUACAAAUUCCUUUCGACAAUUGUCGACGAUCUAUUUGCUUUCUGUAUCAAGAUGCCAAUUCUCCACAGGCUGGCGUGCUUCCGAGAUGAUGUCGUUUUUCUUAUAUAUCUCUACCAACGUUGGAUCUACCGUGUUGAUCCCAAACGAGUCAAUGAGUACGGGCAAGUCAUAGAUGCCCAAGUUAUAGAUGCCGAAGAUAAGACGGAUGGAGAUGCUAAGGAAGGAGAGGAGGGAGAGAGUAAAAAGGACAAAUAGUGUCUUGUAGCAUGUCAUUGUCGUUCUAAUCUCAGGGAUCACAAGACUGCGUCGCAACCGUAUAAGUACCAAGUUCAUUAUCUCUUGACCGGAAAUUUUGGCUAGAGUGCGCAUCUGGCAAUGAGACUAGAUAAUAACCUCAGUGACAUGGGUGCUCGGUGAAUGUAAAAUGCGUCCUAGACUCACCUUGAACUGGAG